AUGUGCUAUUAUGUUUUCCGGCCUCAAAUAGUGUUGUUUGAGGACUCAAUUACAGAGCAAUCUUUCAGAUUAGGUGGUUGGGGUGCUGCUCUUGCUGAUACUUACUCUCGCAAGGUGAGGUUUGUUCAAAAACUAAUUUGGAUUAAACCGAACGGUGUGAGCGUGAUAAUCGUUGGGAGAAGAGAGCAAUCUUUCAGAUUAGGUGGUUGGGGUGCUGCUCUUGCUGAUACUUACUCUCGCAAGGCUUAUGUUGUGGUACGUGGUUAUGGUGGGUACAACACCAGGUGGGUUUUAUUCUUGUUGAAUCACCUUUACCCUAUGGGAUCUGCAACUCCUCCUGUCGCUACCACUAUUUUUUUGGGGCUAAUGAUGCGGCUCUUUUGGGGAGAACUGGUGAAAGGCAACAUGUGCAUAUUGAAGAAUACAAGGAAAAUAUUAGGAACAGAGCAAAUUGUUACUAGACUUGUAAAUUAUGCUUUAGCAGUUUCUGGAUACUUGAUUUUCUUAGUAAUUAUUUAG